AUGGAAGGAGCAAACAUUGUCGCUCCGGUGGACACGAUGGGCUGUGAGCAGGCGCAGGUGAAGGAGGUCGACCCGAGGGCUUGUCGCAUCUCGACGCUCAUAUCUCUCAUGCUCUCGUCACAAACGAAGGAUGAGGUCACCGACGCGGCUGUGUCGAAGCUGCGCGAGGCCGUCGGUGGAACCAUAACAGUGGAGGCCAUUUUGAGCGCAGAUGAAAAUGCCAUCGCGGAUGCCAUCGCCAAGGUCGGAUUCUGGAGGCGGAAAACUCAGUACAUCAAGCAGACUGCGCAGAAGCUGAGAGAUGAGUUUGACUCUGACGUCCCGAAGACCGUGGAUGAGCUGUGCUCCCUUCCUGGAGUCGGGCCAAAAAUGGCGUUCUUGUGCCUCCAUGUCGCCUGGAAUAUAAAUGUCGGCAUUGGUGUAGAUGUGCAUGUUCACAGAAUUACAAACAGAUUGGGUUGGCACAAACCGCCAACAAAAACGCCUGAAGAGACGCGUUUGAAUCUACAGUCCUGGCUACCCAAGGAGCUACACGCAGAGAUUAAUCACAGGCUCGUCGGCUUUGGACAGGUGUGA